AUGGAUAAGAAAUUAAAAAAGGGAAUUUUGUUAAUUCGAAAAUAUGCUGAAAAAUAUAAAAAUGUCAUUUUUAAAACUUUAAAAUUAAAAUCAAGGAAAACAAUUAAUAAAAAAAAGAAAAAAAAAGAAAAAAAAAUAUUAAAAAUCAUUGAAAAAAAUAAUAACAACACAGAGUAUAAAGAAGAAAAGAAAAGAAAACUAGAUAAUUAUUUAAUUAAUCAAGAAAAGGAAUUAGAUUUUCAAGAAAAUUACUCCUUUUUUAAUAAAUUUCAUGACAGAACAGAUAAUAUUUUUUAUAAGAACGAAAAUGAUAAUGUUCCAGACUCUUUAAAAUUAAAGAAAACAAAACAUAACAACGAAGAGCAAACUUUUAAUUCAAUUAAUGACAACUUCCUUGAUUCACUGAAUUCCCUUCAUUUCAAAAUUAAACAAGAAAUUGAAGCGAACAAUGACUUAUUAUCACUCAAAGAGUUUAGUGAAAGGAAUAAUAUUACUAAAGUAGAAUCAAAUACGCAAAAUGAUAUUAACAAACAAAAAAUAUCUCAAACUGAUGAAGAUUUAAAAGCAAGUUUCAAAAAAGAAGAGAAUUUUACUGAAAAACAAUUGGUUUAUCCAAGUAAAAAAAAAAUUAAAAAAAAAAAAAACGAUUCUAAAUAUAUGCUAAGUAGUAAAUGUGAAAAGAAAAUUAACCAUAGUUCCGACAUUGAACUAAAUGAAAAUUAUCAAUCUAUAUAUUUAGGUAAAGAAAAGUUAAAUCUACUUGAAAAUAAAGAUGAAGAAAAAAAAAAUGAAAAAAUAGUUAGUAGCUUUAAUAUGAACCCAAAAAAAAUUAUUGAUGAUACUAUACAAAAAAAUAAUGAAAUAUUAACAGAAAAAAAAAAAAAUGAUUUAGUGUUUGGAAAAAACAAAUUUGAAAAUAUAAAUGAACUUUUUCAGAAAGUAUUUGAAGGAAAUGAAUACAAUCAAAAUAAUUCAAAUGAAAUAGUUAAAUAUAAUAAUCAGGAAAAAGAUGAAGAUAAUAUAAAUGUAAACGAAUACGGAGAAAAAAAUAUGACCAUAUACCAUAAUAUUUUAAAUAAAAAGGAAGGAACAUAUGUAAAUGAAUAUUUUAAAGGAGAUAUAAAUUGUCAAGAUACUAAAAUAAUUUCAGAAGAAAAUGUUAAUUGUAAUGAUAACAAAAAUAAUUUAAAUCAUGUAGAAAAAGAUGAGUAUAGGGAUAAUAUAGGGGAUAUUAAUACUCCUUGCAACCAAAAUAACUUAGAGGAAAUUAAAAAAUAUAAUAAUGUAUUAACACCAUUUAAAGAAGAUAAUUCUUUCGAUUUUUUUUUUAACGAAUCGUUGGGAACACCAUCUAUAUUUCAAAUGUAA